AUGGAGCAAUCGUCAUCUAGGUCCUUCGAAAAGAGUAGCAGAUCAACGGACACGCAGACUAAACAUACUACUGACCAUGCAUGGGCCGUCGAGCCAAAUGUUGUCACUGUGUCUGGCCGUAUUCAAGCCAUACGUUCUGCUGGAACAAAGCUCUUAUUCAUCGAUAUCGUCGAUCAACCUGGUGCCAAACUUCAGGUCGUGGUAGAUGCGAACAAGCUAUAUAUAGGUGGUAUGUCAGAGUCACCAAACCCAGUAAAGGCGUUUAGAAAAUUAAUCCAGCGUGGUGACACUAUUCAUGUUACUGGCUCCCCAUAUACGACUACUGCUGGCGAAUUGUCAUUACGAGCUGUGCAGCUGCCACGUCUUACGAGUCCGUGCCUACACCAAAUUCCUGAAACAUCGUUUGGCGUUGACUCAGACUUCGCUCAUGACCGCCACGUGCAGAUGCUUACCGAUCCUGCCGUGGUCAAAGGCUUGAUCGCCCGUGCUCGGAUAAUCGAAGGGAUGUCUGAUUUCCUGCGUGGGCUACAAUUCGUCAAUGUGCAAACUCCUAUACUAGCGGCGUCAGCUGGCGGUGCCAACGCACGGUCUUUUGAGACCUCUGCAACAGAAUUCCCAGAUCGCAAGCUUGCUUUGCGCAUUGCACCAGAGUUGUGGUUGAAGAGACUGAUCGUUGGUGGCAUGCAAAAAGUCUUUGAGAUUGGACCGUCUUUCCGGAAUGAAGGUUUGGACAAAACACACAACCCCGAGUUCACUACCUGUGAGUUCUAUGCUGUCAACUGGUCGUUAGAAACUCUGCAACGGGAAACGACGAAGAUGAUAAGGUCCAUUGUCCGAAGUUUGGGUAAUUCUACCUCGCCGAGUUUUGUCAAUAGUAUUGGAGAUGCACAUACUAUAGAUGAGCCUUCACCUUGGCCAAGCAUCGACUUUAUUCCAGCUCUGAACAAAGUGCUUGAGCUCGACCUACCUGACCUCUCGUAUCCCUCUGCUCGUGAGCAGAUCGUGGAAAUAUUCAAGACCCGGAGUCUAACACUACCUACCACACCAACCCUGCCUCGCCUCCUUGACAAGCUCUCCUCUAUCUACCUCGAGCCACAAUGCCGGACCGCAACCUGGAUUAUCAAUAUGCCAGAAUGUAUGUCUCCGCUAGCCAAGUCAUUUUCACACCCUCAGCUACCUCACCAACAAGUCUCGGCUCGCGCUGAGCUCUUCAUCGACCACAAAGAAGUCGUGAAUUGCUAUGAAGAAGAGAACAGCCCUAUUGAACAACGAAGAAAACUCAUCGAUCAGCAGGGAUAUGCGCGACUUGGCCAAGAGGUGGACGAAGAAGCUAUGAAGAUCGAUGAAGAUUAUAUUCGUGCAUUGGAGUGGGGACUGCCAACGACGGGUGGUUGGGGCUGUGGCAUCGAUAGACUGUGUAUGUUGAUGUUGGGCAAGGACAACAUUAGCGAUGUUUUAGCCUUUGGGAAUUUGAGGUCUGUGACUAGGGGUGCUGGGAAGUGGGAGAAGUCGCAUGGUUAA